AUGUUUUGUGAUUAUCAUGGCACUUAGUGCGUCAGCCAGUGCAUUUAGAUUUUUCAAAUCGAAGAAUUCGGUGCAGUCGCUCCAGGACUUCGAUCCAGAUAUCGAGCCUUAUGAAGAUCGGGGAAAGCACGAUAGGAAAAUAUUUGACUACUGGAAGAACGGAGUAAAGCUCGAUCUUAGAGUGGUGCCGGCAGUGAACAACUCGAUCAGUGAUGAAGACGAUCAUUUUCCAGCGUUUCCCGUUCGGGAUAUUGGCCAGUGUAUUCUGGACUUCUCGGCUGUGUGCAUACGGGAUAGGAUGGCUAGGUACAUCAUCGCUAUGUCGAGUCUGGAGAAGAUUAAUUUGUAUGGGAAGAGUGUGAAGCUUGUCAAAGUGCGGUCUUUGCCGGAGGAGAGGUGGGACGAGAGGUCUCUGGAUCCUGUCAAGAAGGUUGAUCAGAGUAUAGAUGACUUCUUCGACAGCUUUGCGCUCAGGAUCAGCCUUCCCAAGGGCAAUGGUAAACGGGAGAUGAAUCAGAUUGAAGUAAUGUAUGAGGACAGAGGAGCGGUUGAAGGACGAGGGGGGAAAGGUGGCGGUGGUGGUAAGGGCGGCGGCAAAGGAUGCAAAAAGAUGAUGAUGUGCAUGGUCAUGGCUGCUAAGAUGAAAAUGAUGGGAUUGAUUGGAUUGAUGUCCAUGAAGGGACUGAUGAUGGCAGCGGUGUCGAUGAUGAUAACGAAAGGAAUGAUGAUAAUGCAUCUGAUGAACAGUAAGAAGGGUGGAGGUGGCGGUGGAUAUGGCGGCGGAGGCGGAUACGGAGGCGGUGGGGGUGGUGGACAAUUAAAGGAGAUCGUGCUUUUAACGAAAUCAAGUGGUGGAGGAUGUGGAGGAGGAGGCGGUGGAGGCGGUGGAGGGUGCGGCGGAGGAUCACCAUCCCCGUCUUCUAGCUACAGUGCACCCCCAUCUUCUAGCUAUGGGGCACCUCCACCAACUAGUUAUGGAGCACCGCCACCGACCGGUGGCGGCGGCGGUGGCGGGGGUGGAUAUGAUUUUAACUCACAGGGUGGUGGUGGCGGAUGGGGACGCAGCUUCGGCAAUGGAAUAUCUAUCACACCAAAUACGGAACAGUUAUCCAAUCGUCCUUCACAGAUCGUUAACACGUCGAGGAUCACCAGCCAACCGGAGGUUCAGGAAAAGUUUAUUGAUCACAAUUGGAUGACCAGUUAUCAGCCAGAGGGUCAACGAAUCGGCGAAGUUGUGGAGACGGCGGAUAUUUCCAACUCUGAUUAUCAGAAUAUCAAUCCGCGGGUGGAUCGCAAGCUGAAUUUUAUCGGGGAUAUUGACAAUAAAAUUACUGAACCUAAAGUUGUUUAUGCUGACAAUUGGUCGAAUUAUGAAGCUACCGAUCGCAUUUGGGAUACUAUAGGACCGAUAGUGGCCAGGAGGAUCCGAGGAAAACACAUGCACAUUAUAAAUUACUGGGACGAUCUCGCAUUAUAUGGUAAUGAUGUCAAAAUAUGCAAGUUCACUUGCUGUUGUUUUACAGCCCUGCAUUAUCACAGAUUCGUUGUUGCCCUCCAACAUCAAAAUCACGAUAAUAAAUGA